AUGCGAUUCAACAAGAUCUUCAUGGCUCUGGCCAUGGUACUACCUGUGGUGUUCUCUGCCAGCAUUCCAUCCUCGGAGCAGUUCUGCGAGCCUGGCACUCGAAAGUGCGACUACAACGACGUGGUGAUCUGCAAUCCCCAAGGCACUGAAUACUGGGCGGAUCAGUCAUUGACCGAGACGCGAUGCUCAAACUGGUCAAACGGUCUUUACCGCAUCGAGAUGUGCAACUAUGAUCAAUUCUGGCUUGCCUAUGGGACCUGCGGAUCGGAAGAGUUUUGCAUGCACUGGGUGCCUGGUCAAUACGUGAGCCAAGGCGAAACAAAAUGCGUCUACGACCCUGAAAUCCUGUCCACUGCUCCUCCUCCCAAAUCCCUUGAAUCUCGGUCGUGGAUAUCGCAAGGAACUCCAGAUGCUCAUGAGUAUUGCGAUACUGGCACGUCUCGCUGCUCUGGCAACAAGCGUCAGGAGUGUGUCGACAACGUCUGGAAAUCUACCAUGUGUCCUAAGACUUCCGAAUGCGUCAAGCAUGACGAUGUCGUGCAAUGCUGGAUGAAGCCACCUACUCCCCCAACUGUACCAGAGCCAUGCACACCGGGCGAUCGGAAGUGCGACUCUGACGCAUACGCCCUCAUGCUUUGCGGAGACAACGAAAUGUGGCAUACCGAGAAGAAGUGCACCACUUACGGAGAUUGCAUCACUGACGGCCCAGGGCAAGCGCACUGCGAAACUGGUGGUGUAGGUCCGUCGAAAAUGCAACGUCAAACCAACAGCACCGAAUGCGCCUACGGGGACUGGGCCUGCGACACCCACCAGCGCUUCAUGUACAAAUGCAACAAAAACGGUACAUGGUCGGUGCCGUACCAGUGCAGCAGGGCCGGUGGCUGCCAACCCGAGGGACCUACAGAUGCUUUCCCCAAGGGAAGAAUGACCUGCGCGGGCUUUCCGAAGUACUUGUACCCUUACCCUGACAACAGAGUCUGUGAAACGGUCAGAAGCUGCGAGUACAUGAUGUAUCUUUACCUUAUUGCUGGCUCACCUGAUGCUGAGACCAAGGAGAAGUACCGCAAGAGCAUGUGCGUCGAUGAGGCUUGUAUGGACUGCGAUCGCUGCACUUACAAACUCGGACAUGGCGAGGUGCUACAACCUGAUCUGCGCACCCUCAUCCAUGGAUCGCCGGUGCCUGACAAUUUUGACUAG